AUGGCGACUUUGCUCGCUACGGGGAUUGUGGAUGCAAUAGUGGACCCCAAGUGGCGGGAGAUGCGCAUUGCGAUCAAUGGCAAGACUAGAGACGAUAUCAGACUUGAACUCUAUGAGGAAAAGAACGGCCAGUGUCUAUGGAACGAAGAAUACGGGAGAAUUGCUGACCCUUUAACUCAAGGGCUAGAGAAAACGGCCAUGUUCUUCCUCAUCACAAUUUUUAAGUCAAUCCUUAAUGUCUAUUUAGUUGCUCCAACUACCAACUAUGCUCGUGCUCGCUCCUUUAGUAUUGUGACAUACUUCUCUCUAUCAUCUCCUGAUGGCGUCUUAGUUGGCAUGUUUGUCCGUCAACACAGCCAUCCGUUUCCUCGGAGGAGAAGAGGAAAUGUCCGCGCGUACCUUCCGCUGUGGAAUCUCGAUAUCUCUCAAGCAACAAUCGCUCCAGCAAUAGAUAACGACUAUUACGGGUUUUUCUGUCGGACGAUGAAACCACUGAUUAAAGAGGGACGUUUUCAAACACAGCAGUUGAUUGAAUUCCACAAAGCCCUUGUGAAAGCGUUGGUUGGUCAUGAAGGCAGUGAUGCAGAUGUGGGAGAGAAGUUGGGAGACACGUUCAGAUGGGUAUUUGUAGUUGUGGAUAAAGAAGAUUGGGAGGCGGAUGGGGCGUUGGUUAUAUGUCUGGGUGAGAAUGUUGCAAAGCUUGGAAUCGACUGCAAUAAUGGCGAACCGGUGGAAGGGGAAAGCGACUGGAUAGCAUAUAGGAUGCCGUCAAGACCGUGA